GCACAAAAACGAGCCGUUCUGAGCUGGGGAAAGGCGAUGCACGCCGUUGAUGUGCCGUCUAUGUAUGCCUUGAAGAAAGCAGACACUGCUAUCCGAGAACUCGACAACGGCAUCACUCGCAAGGUUGUAUCCUUGGCCGGCAAUAUCUUCUACAUGAACGAAGUUCAUGCCGCCAUUGCAAAGGACUUCUCUAAUCCGCUCACCAGACAUGCUAUGACGGACUACCCUCGCGCAAAUGCGAAUUCGGUAUCCGAGGUGCACGACGGCUCUAAAAUGCUCCAGGAUCUUCCCGAUGAACUCUCCUCACCUGCAGUUCGAGUGCGCGGACGCAUUUUCUUUGUGAACGAACUACUGCAGACUAUUCACGGCACAUUUUAUAUACCCGAACGUUUCUUCUAUGCACCUGCGGAGCCUUUGGAGCGGAACCAGAGUGUUGAAGUGGACUACAAGCUUCACGCUCUCGUGUGCGAGGUCACUGGCAAAUACCAGGUUGGUUCAAGACGCGUUAUCGCGCCCAUCUCCUGGUUCAAUCUUUCAUACGCCGAACUCGUUGAACAGGGUAAAAUGUUGGUGGGGUUUGAAGGUAUGUUUACUUGUUUUAAACAGUGCGCGUCGCUCACCACGGCGCCGUGUCAUUGCGUAGAUGGCUCAUCUACGUAUGCUGCUAAGAUGCCGAAUCCGCUUCGCGCGAAGUCGAAAGGUCGGAUGGUUUAUGCCGUUCCUCUGAUCGUCUUCAUGGACGAUGUUUCUGGGAACAUCUCCAAGCAGUGGAAUAAGCACCACGUAAUCUAUAUGUCGAACGCAAGCCUCUCUCGUGAGAUGCUCGAGAAACAGUUCUGUGUUCGCUUUGUCACCGCAUCUCCACAUGCCUCCCCUAUGGAACUCAUGGCUGCGAUGAAAGAAUCAAUCUGGUAA